AUGAAUGAUCUGAGCAGCGAAACCGGUGGAGAGCUGACACUCUGCGGGUUAGAUUCCAGCCAUUAUCAGGAACCACUCGUCUGGAUACCUCUAGCUCUCCCGGGCACAUGGAAAAUCGCUUUAGAUUCUGUCACCAUACAGAAUGUUGUGAUCGAAGGACCACUCAUCGCCAUCGUUGAUACUGGUACCUCGAUGAUUGCUGGACCAACAUAUGCUGUUCAAAAGAUCCAACAAGCAAUAGGAGCUAGUCCAGAUGCGAAUGGCGACAUGGUGGUUGAUUGCUCGACUAUUCCUCAGCUUCCGAUAAUCACAUUCAUUAUUGGGGAUAUGGAGCUGAGGCUUGGUGGUUCUGCUUAUAUUGUUAAGGUGAGCCCAACUUUAUGCUGGUCCGGCUUCCAGUCAAUGGAUUUACCAACUUAUAAUGGAUAUCUUUGGAUUCUCGGAGACGCUUUCAUUCGUAACUUCUACACAGUCUUCGACCAUGGAAAUAGACGUAUUGGAUUCGCUGUAUCUGUCUGA